GCUUUUAUCAGCUUUAGUUUGCCUUGUGCCCCUUUCAAAUGUUGACCUGCUUUUGCUGUCACAUAUUCUCCCAAGCAGUUACUAAGUUCUGCUAGUAACCUGAACCCUGGGACACCCAUAGCCCUGGCUCUUUUGUGGGAUCCCUGUCAAUAGACUGUGCUCCAAUGAACCAGUCGAUGCACAGCCAAAGCGUAAAGGUGUGCUUAUGCACAUUUCUGCAGGUGAGAGGAGGAUGAGCAUGCGUGGAGCUGUGGUGGGAUGCGUGGUGCUGGUGUGCCUGCUGGCUCUCCUGGCUGAGAGGACGGAGGGACACAUCACCUUUUUCAGCCCCAGUGAGAUGAUGAAGUUGAAGCAGCAGAACGGCAAGAAAAACAUGGAGACUCGAUCAGAGGACGGUCAGUUGGAAGAGGUCACCGUCCAGCAGGCUCCUCUGAUAGAACAUAACGGGAAUCCUGAUAACACAUUGGAGGUAGCUAUCCGUCUUUUACCCAGGCAGGUGGAUCAUGUGUCACCAGUGCUCGAAGAGAUUAUCCAUGAAAUAGUGGAGCAAAGUCAGAAAGCCAAAUAGCAAGGCCAAGGGCACGGCAGGAGGGACGAGGUGUAAAUUCUUCAGAAAAGCACUGAAUGCUCAAAUGUUUUGUUGUGUUUAAAUAAAUCAGACAAUAAAGGGAAAUGAUUGUAUCAUU